CCGGUGAAGAUGUCCCUCCAGGCAGUCACACUCAUCUGGCUCGCCCUUUUCAGUCCUGCAUCUGCCCUCUACAAGCAGUGGAUCCCAGACACCAACUACGAAAAUGCCACAAACUGGGAUAAGGGCUCCGUUCCAUGUGGGACCGACAGGGUGUACUUUGCGGCUGAGAGAAAGGUGUCGGUGUACGUGGAGACGGUACACUCUGUGCUGGAGAUGAGGCUGCCGGUGGAUGGGGAGCUGGUCCUGGCCCCAGGGGCCGCCUUCUUGUCGUCGUCCGGCGGCAGUGACCCAUCAUGCGGGGGCGGAGUGACGGCCAGGUUCAAGGACUCGGAGGGCCUGAAGUGGUUCGACCCCGGGCUCUGGAGGGCAGCGGCGUCCUGGGACGAUCUCCAGGCUGGCCGCUACGUGUUCUCCGUGCAUGAGGAGAGCAUGCCGUGUCAGCAGGACGACGUGGUCUUCCGUCCGGCCUCGUCGUUCCGCGUGGACGUCUCCUCCAGUCAGCUGACGGUUCCUGUGCAGAGCGUCACCAUCCAGGAUCAGAAGUUCAGCUCCGGUUCCUCCUUCUCCCAGUACCUGGCCUCUCGCUCCGGCAAGUUGCAGUUCCACGGCUCCUCCUCGCUAGCCGUUGUGCCCUCUGGCUGCAGUGACCCAUCGGGGUGUGAGUGUGGGAACGCGGCUAAUCGUGAGCGGAUCUGUGCCAGUGUCGCAUGCCCCGAGCUGGCCUGCCCGGAGCCUCUUCGCCCGGUGGGCCACUGCUGUGACAUCUGCGGUGCCAUCGUUUCUCUUCAGUUCUCCGAGGCUUUUAAUCUGGAGUCGUACCGCCAGCGCCUGCAGCACCUCGUCCUGAACAAGCCCGACUAUCAGUCCGUCAGGCUCGGCCUCUCCAAGGUGCGGGAGGAGCAGAGGCUGCUGGCUUUCAUUCCCCGCACGGCACAGCCAAAGAUCCAAGUGCUGCUGUUGGAGAACAACGGGGAGUCCACCAGCCAGCUGGCGGAGGCGGCAGCGAAAGACAUCGCCUCAGAUGCCCGCGCCAACGGUGCCAAUCUGGGCAUCGAAGAGGCAGAAAUAGGGCUGUCGUCUGGCGAUGCAGGUGGUGCGGGGGCAGGUGCUGUGGUGGGGGUGGUGUUUGCCAUUCUGCUGGUUGUGGCACUCGUGCUGGGCGUGGGGGUCUAUCUACACCGCCGCGGGACCAUUACUCUGCCCAGUUUGCCCUCCAUGCCCUCCAUAAAGUCCUGGAGGAAGAGCAGUGAGGUGGGCGAACUGGGCGGGCCGAUGGACCACGGCUUCGACAACCCCAUGUUCGACAAGCCCACACUCAUGCCCUCUGAGCCGGACCUGUACGUGGACAGUGGAAAAUCCAUCUCAAUCACUCAGUCGGGAGUGCACUUUGUCAACCCUGCUUAUGAUGAGACGGACUUUAAUGCCUAAAUGACCAGACCCCUGCUGAAUUUUCACUCACCUAUCUCACAAAUAAAUCUAAGAAUCGGAGAGUACAUUUUUGAUACAAUAAUUGUUUGAAGCAAGAAAAUGUAAUGGUCUUUUGUGAAAGAAAAUGCAUAAUACACUGAUUCGUAUGUAAAAUGUCCUUUAUUGCGGACAUAAAAUAAUUUCAAGUAUUUGCUGAAAACAAAGAAGAUAGAAACAG